CGCCCCCACAGCGAAACACGUUUGUCAUAUGUAGUCAAAGUAGUCUCUCUAAUGGCACGCGGAAAGCCAGCCAAGUCAAUCGUAGUCAAGGUACCUCGUCAUGGUGCCCAGCGUAUAGGCACACGACUGACGGCGUCAGUCAACGCUGUCGUUCGAAAGGAUAAUAAAAAUCUAAAACCCAAGUCUCGCAUCCGAUAUCAUCACAACGGCAACCCACCGUCCGGAGCUCUUACGCAAGCCAUCGAAUCAGCUUCAGAAUGGAACUCACUCCUCCUCACGGCUCGCGCAGAAAGAGGGCCGCAAUGGGACGUUGGAACACAGCAGUUUCAGGUCGACCGCGACUCUGACCUUUAUUACAACCCUACACCUCUACAGGAAGCCGUGAAACAGCAACGCCCCGCGGAGGAAGAAAAUAUGCCUCCGCGAGUACCCAUGAUGCAAACCCCAGAUUUUCGACACGAGUCUCCACGCAUCACGCGGAACCCCUCUGGGUCAACGCCGGGGCAACAGAAUUAUGUUUACAGUUCCCCACGCCACCCUCAACACCCUCCGCAAGGAACACCGUAUGGGGUUGGGCCUGUUGGAGUUGGGAUGGGGGGCUAUGACAGUUUCAUUGCGCUCCAUGGAUCCUAAAUGUUUUUUUGUGUGCGUUGUGUAAGCAUGCUAUGCACUUUGCUAUCUGCUGGGUCACAGUACUCUGAUUUACUACACUAAUACGUCCUGUGAUACCUUUCGUUGUGUGCCCGUUGUUUUCUGAUCUACACCAAGCUGCAGUCAUUACCAGCCAUGACAUCAUGGUAUCCAAGUCAGUGUCAGGUUACUGCUUCUUAC